AUGGACCACGACAAAGCUAGCGAGUUCGAGUCUAGCACUAAGGACCAUGUUGAGCAUGGAGUAGUCUCUGUGACAUCAGCGUUCGCUGGAUGGACACGAGCUGCUUGCAUCAAGAAGUUCUGGCGUCUUUACAUUACCGGUUUGUUGGUCUCGCUAGGUGGCAUGUAUGCAGGCUAUGCAAAUUCCGUCAUAGGCAGUCUCGUUGCCAACGAGGGCUUCAUCAAGCAAUUUGCAACCGUCAGCGACCCCCAGACGGGCCAUCCAGCUCUAGAUGCCACACAUGUUUCCGUAUGGAACGCAAUCAGCUUCGCUUCCCAGAUUCUUGUUCAAUUUGUUGCGCCCGUCACAGCCGACAGAUGGGGUCGCAAGUUCAACAUGUGGGGAUUGACUUUCUUCCUUACACUGUCAAUUGUUCUCGAGAUCGUUGCCAAAGAAUGGAUCGUACUCAUGCUUUCGCGACUCGCUGCCGGUUGUGCCAGUGGCAUGAUCAGUACCUCUGUGAUGGUUUACAUGUCCGAAAUGGCUAUGCCGCAGUUCAGAGGCGCUUUGCUUAGCAGCUUUGCGCUGUCUUUCUCACUUGGCCAGGUAUUUCUUGCUAUUGGUUUGAAGGUCCUGGAGGACACCGAGCCUUUGAAGUUUCGCAACAUAUUCUACUCCGAGUUUCUUUUCUUUGCCAUCUGGCUUGUUCCUAUGGUGUAUCUUCCCGAGUCGCCUGCAUGGAACUCGGCGAAGGGAAAACACGAAUUGGCCAAGACGUCUCUCAGAAGACUAGUUGGAGAUGUUGAGGGCUAUGACCUUGACCACGAGUACAAAGUCAUGCAACAAGAAAUAGAAGGCUCAAUCUCGCUAGCGAAGUCUCACGCAGACAAUGCUUGGAGGGCGUUGUUGACUCCAGUCAACAUGAAGCGGAUCGUCAUCGCCACCCUUCCGUUCACCUUCCAGAAUUUCGUCGGCGUGCCUCUCAUUUUCGGCUACACCACAUACUUCUUCAGCCUAGCCGACGUCGAGGACCCCUUCCUGGGCAACAUGAUUAUCCAGCUCAUUCUCGUGGUUGGUAUCAUCACAGGCUUCUACUUUGAGGAUAGAGUUGGAAGACGGACGCUGGUCCUGGGCGGUGGCUUCAUCAUGAGCAUACUCUGCUGCAUCAUCGGAGGCAUGGGUUUCAUGAAGCAGACGGCGGCGUCAGGCCCGGUUUUGGUGACCUUAUGUUCUCUUUGGGCAUUUGUCUACGCCAAUUCGCUUGCUCCCAUUGGCUGGACAAGUCUUGUUGAAGUGUCCAGUCCAUUACUUCGCGCGAAGACAACCGCCAUUGCGGCAGUCAUCCAGGCAUUGAGCGGACUGGUAUUUAACUACACGGUGCCUCUCAUGCUGUCAAACCAGCAUGCAGGUUGGGGGCAGAAGAUUGGCCUCUUUUUUGGUGGAAUCAGCUUGGUCUACCUUAUCCCCUGUGCCCUACUCUUCCCCGAAACCAAGGGCAGAACUUACCAAGAACUGGAUGAACUGUUUGAGAGGCGCAUCCCCGCUUGGAAGUUUGCCAAGACGAAGACGGCGUACGGCGUUAGUGCUUCGACAGCCUGA